AUGAGUUGGCAACAGGUCUCCGCUAUGGGAAACGGUGGGAAUGGAUCCGGUAUGUCGGGCGCCGGUGGUCUCGGCGGCGGCCAGGAGUUAUCUGGCGGAGGAUUGCCCGGCAAUCCGUCAAAUCAACCGCAUGCUACCGAGUACACAUUACAAGGUGUUAUGCGCUUCCUUCAAACCGAGUGGCAUCGACACGAGCGAGAUAGAAACGCCUGGGAGAUAGAACGUCAGGAGAUGAAGGGUAGAAUAGCCGCCCUCGAAGGUUCCGCUAGGAGAGCAGACGCUACACAAAAGGCAUUAAAAAGAUAUGUCACUAUCCUGGAGAAGAAGGUUAAAGACCAGGCUGCGAAGCUGAAGGUUUCUUCUGCCGUUUCUGCCACGGAUCACUCCGUGAAGCAACCCCAGAAGAUUGAUAGGGCUGCCUUGGUACAGGAGAAGCUCAAAUCAUCGGACGAGAGACCGAAAGAGUCGGUGCCCGGCUUGGAGGGUCUUGUUGGCGAGCGUGUACAGGAGGACGAGGAGCGCGACAACCUUAGGGUCUUCUUAGACCAAUGCCAAGCCGAAUUCACCUACCUAAUGGUCUCACCCGCGAAUCCUAUGCCUCCUCGAGAAUCUCCGCCCUUGCCUAUGAUGGAUGACUUGAGAGAAGGAGACUUUGGGCUACCUCUCUCUCAACAACCGCUCGAGACAGCUUUCCAGGCGUUGAGACUUAGUCAGAACCAUGCGAGGGACUCGGCGCCCCGUCAGGGUGCUGUAAAUACGAAUAAUCAUCAUGGUCAGAGAAUGCCGCAUAACGUCAAUUUGCCAACCUCAGAGAACCCGAAUUUACAAUCUGCCCCUAUGAUUCGGUCAGGAGAGGGUGCCGCCCCGAUGUACUCGCAGCCCGGUGAGUGGCCGGCCUCCAACCAACCGGGUGCUCGUAUGCAAGAAGACCCAAACGCAAAACCAAAUCAUCUUAAUGAGCCUCCGCGCUCUGAUUUUGGUGAAAGUCCAUUGGAGAAGCGAGCGCCAGUUGAUGGGGAUGGUUGGGAUUUUGGCGAAGGGACAUUUCCCGAUCCAGCUGCGGCGCAGCAAUUACAACCUCUUACGCACCGUCCAGACACGGACGCAUUUCCCAACGCUGAAAAUGUACCCCAGUCUCCUAAUCGUGGCCCUAAUUCUCAUAGGCGGAAGACGUCCAUGUCUCGCAGGAAAAGCGCGGAGCAGGAGCUCUCUCUGAAUGGCGUUGCGCAGAAAUCAGAGAGUGGCAGUUUUAAGUUGCGAUAUGGAUUGCGUGGCCAUCUUAAUACCGUCCGAACCGUAAUAUUUUCCGGUGGUGGAAGUCCUGGAGAGCCAGAAAUCUGCACAGCAGGCGACGACGGACUGAUCAAGCGAUUCCACAUUCCGCGUGAGAAUCCAAGCCAUAUCGGGACUAUGUCAUCUGAUCUCGAUGUGCCAGCUGAUUUCACUCAUCGUGGACAUACUGGCGCCGUGUUAUCAUUGACGUCUUGGUCUCCUUCUCCUAAUUUUUCGACUGGCGGCCGUGCACAAGGUGAUGGAUGGAUUUUCUCUGGUGGGCAAGAUGCAACCAUCAGAGUAUGGGAACGGGGUAGGGUAGAUCCGAAGGCAACGCUCGACGGGCACAGCGACGCUGUCUGGGCCAUAUGCGUACUUCCUGCGACACUCGGCGCUGUCUUUGGCCAAUCAAACCCUUACGGUACCCCGGAUCGCAUCCUGGUCGCCUCUGGAGCAGCCGAUGGCGCUGUGAAGAUCUGGGCCGUUAGUGCACCGCCACAACUCACUUCACCUCAACCGGGACCGCCAAGACGGAGCACCGGAAGCGGUCGAGUUAGAGGUAACUCUAUGAGCUCCGGAUCUCAGUUCCCAAGCUCACCUCAACCAAACAUGGCUUCGAGUUCACCGUUCCACUAUACACUAAUACACGACAUCCGCCGCUCUAACGGAUCCCGUGCGUCACCGACGUGCAUUACUCCGUUAUCAGCUAGCGGGGAGGCAUUUGUAGUUAGUUAUUCGGACGCUGCUAUUAUCGUGUUCGAUACAAGAACUGGUGAGGAAAUUGGCUCCAUGGCUAGCCUUGAAACGUACGACAACACGAUUGGUACGAGUGUCAAUGCCGUCGUCGCGACCACAGCAGGCCUUGAUCAAAGUUCUGGAUCAGGCCUGGGCGACGAUGAUGCCAGUGGUCCAACUGGUGGUACAGGCACAGCUGGUAGCGGAGUCGAGGGCGUUAUUAUAUCAGGGCAUGAAGACCGCUUUAUAAGGUUCUUUGAUGCCAAUAGCGGUCAAUGUACAUAUAACAUGCUCGCCCACCCGGCGUCAAUAUCGUCCCUAUCUCUCAGCCCUGAUGGCCGCGAGCUCGUAUCUGCUGGCCACGAUGCAAGCCUUCGAUUCUGGUCUCUAGAAAAACGAACCUGUACCCAAGAGAUUACCAGCCACCGAAUUAUGAGAGGAGAGGGCGUAUGCGCCGUCGUAUGGAGCCAAGACGGUCGAUGGGUUGUAAGUGGCGGGGGAGAUGGAGUCGUCAAAGUUUUUGCGCGGUAA